UAGAAAAAUAACACGACGUCCAUCGAAGUCACAUGAUCAAAACAAGCCAACAUGGCGUCUGGCAAUGUUGUAUAUGCCGACCGAAGCGCAACUUUAAAUCCUUUACCAUCCGUUUAAUAUUAUACUCUCAACAUUAUAUUUAAAGUGGUAUACAACUUCGUCGGCCGUUCAUGGCAAGUUUUCUCUAGUGCGUUUUAGCGGCAUAAAAUGUUUAAAUGAAACUUGACAGCUCUGUUAUGGAGGAGGUCGAGGGCAAGAAAAGACAUACGUUUUUACGAGUGCGGGCUAAUAGGCAAACAAGACUGAAUGCCCGUAUAGGAAAGAUGAAGAGGAGGAAGCCAGAGGAAGGGGGACAGGUAUGUCCGCUGUGCAGCGUGCCAUUGGCUGGGAGCGAGGAGGAGAUGAGUAGACAUGUGGAACAAUGCCUUAUCCAGCGCGAGGGCGCGUUCGGCGACGACGACUCUGCCGAUGGCGAGAAUGGGCGGGGCUUCGAGGAGUACGAGUGGGCGGGGCAAAAGAGGAUCCGAGCCACCGCGCUGCUGGAGGGAGGCUUCAGAGGGACGGGCUUCGUGGUGUGCGGCACCAAGGAGAGUGCGGCGGACAGCGACGGCGACCUGGACGUGGACGGAGACGACACGCUGGAGUACGGCAAGGCCCAGUACACCGAGGCCGACGUCAUCCCCUGCUCCGGGGCCGGCGAGGACCAGGGCGAGGCCCGCGAGAGGGAGGCGCUGAGGGGCGCUGUGCUCAACGGUGGGAUGCCUACUACCAGAAUAACGCCAGAGUUCUCCAAAUGGGCCAGCGACGAGAUGCCGUCGACGAGCAACGGUGAGAGCAGCAAGGCAGACCCCACCGCACCCUCCUCUUCCUCCUGCUCCUCAUCCACGUCCUCCUCGGUGCCGCGAACCUGUAAAAACAGCGAGAUCGAAAAGGUAACGGAGGACUCCACAGCCACCACGCUGGAGGCCCUGAAGGCUCGCAUCAGAGAGCUGGAGAAGCAGAUCCUCAGGGGAGACCGCUACAAGUGUCUCAUCUGCAUGGACUCCUAUACGAUGCCCCUCACCUCUAUCCAGUGCUGGCAUGUCCACUGUGAAGAAUGUUGGCUAAGGACACUGGGAAACAAGAAGCUGUGCCCACAAUGCAACACCAUCACUUCUCCUGGUGACCUGAGGCGUGUCUACUUGUGAAAGAGACGUCCGGUCCUCCUUUACCCCACUGCGCUCCUCCUCCUCCUCAUCCUCGCUCUUCAUCAGUAUCAUCCGCCAUCUUUGAUUUACUCCCCAUCCUGCAUCCGCCGGGACCCUGGCGGUGAUGACAUCAUCAACCAUGGAUUCCCUCAUUGCAAUGUCAUAGUGAUGUCAUUCAGGCCCUUGUCUGCCGGCGGGGGAGCGGACUGUGCACUUCUGAGCGUGCUCAGAGGAGACGAGAUGAUUGGACAUCUCAGAGACUCCAUUUGCUCUUUAACCCCCGUGCCCCCCCCCUUAGGAGACCCGCCCACUUAAAGACUAGCCAAUCACAGAAGUACUACAAAUGACAUAAGAAGAUGAAAAUAUGCUAAAAAAAAAAGCUGAUCCGGAUAACUGACAGUAUUGUUCCAGUCUCCGAAUGUGACCUUCGACCUCCACACGCAGGGCACAUUAAACUGCUUUUCUGAAGGACAGUUUUAACCCAGAGUGGUUUCGGAUCACCAUUUGCUUGUAGACACCCAAAAUACAAGACACGUUACGCCUUUUUUCUUGUGUCCGUCAUUGACCCUGUCUUCACGGUAUCAUCAACCCAAUCGGAGGAGCCGCAAUCGAACAAUUUAAUUCACCGCAGCGUUUUGUUGGGUUUAUUUUUCCCCAUUUUGUUUGUGUGCGGUUGACACUUUAGCGGUGCUGGACAAACAGACUUCUGGACCUUUCUCUCCUCUGUGACUGGACGACCGAUAAGACAGACAUUUUGCUUCUCAUUUGUUUGAGCUCGGGCGGAGAGAAGAUGGCCGACUUCCUGUAAAAAGGACAGAUGAAAGAAGGGAGGAAAACAUUAAAAAAAACGAAUCUGACCUUUUGAAAAAAACCAAACGGGGAAAAGCCUUAACAAGCGGUUUAAAGUGCUCCUUCGUUCUCUCCCCUCCUCCUAACUUCCUUCUAUCUAUUUCUUUCUUUUCUUUCUUCUUUUGUGGUGUUCUAGUGAAGUCAACCAAAUUUUCCAAUGAUGCAGUUCAAGCACAUGUAUUAUAUACGUCUAUGUAUGUUUACAAUGUUGGGUGUAAACAUAGAAUUCCCACACAUACACAUACACCCACACACACACACACACAUGCACGAAAAUACAAAACACCUGCAAACAGUCACAAAGCCUCGAUGAAAAAACAGACACAAACACAGAAAAAAAAAAAAAGUAUAUAUCGAAUUCCUGUUUUUAGUUUGAGUUUUGGGGGACGGGAAUGACGUUUUUGCUGGGGAAAAAAUGGCUGAAAUAAAAAAAAUAAGCCUUCUGUA